UCCACCAGCUUUAUCGCACCCAUCAGCGAUACCGCGUCCAACAACAUUGCAACAUGCUUUAUCGCAGCCCACUUACGGUGAUAAUGAUAUCGGUACUAUCAAUAGAAGCCAAUUAGCUGCUCGCCAAGCUGUCUCCAGGGAACUACCCGAAUUUGACGGAAACUCCGAAGAUUGGCCUCUUUUUAUUACGACAUUCAACUCAUCGACCCACAUGUGCGGAUUCUCAAAUGAAGAGAAUAUGUUGAGACUUCGGAAAUGCCUAAAGGGAAAGGCAUUAGAAGCUGUCAGAUCUCGUCUCCUCCAUCCAAGCAACAUUUCAGGCGUAAUGUCGAUACUGAAGAUGCUUUUCGGUCGACCCGAAUCCAUUGUCCAUGCUGUCGUGACGAAAAUAAGGAAAAUUGCCCCUCCAAGUAUGGAAAGACUUGAGACGAUCGUUAAUUUUGCACUGACAGUUGGAAACUUGUGUGCCAAUAUAGAGGCUUGCGGUGUACCGGACUUUGCGUACAAUGCUUCAUUGCGAUUCGAAUUGGUUCAAAAGCUGCCCACAAAUCUGCAGAUGCAGUGGGCUGAACAUUCGAGAAAUGUCGCCAGCCCAACAUUGUUACAAUUUAACAGCUGGUUGUACACCAUAGCGGAAGACGCAAGCUCGGUAAUCAACUCAAACUCCUCUUCAAAAAAUCGGCGAGACAAGGAGGGUUACUUGUACCAUCAUGAGGAACCCAGCGAUAACGAGGACACCUUAGAUCAAAACUCUCAGAGUACUAAUAUGACCCAUCAAGAAAUUAAGAAUGUUCGAAAGGAGCACUGUUUUACUUGUUCCGGCCACUGCGGCGCAGCUGACAAGUGCUCAUUAUUUUUGGAACUGGACUAUAACUCCAGAUGGAAAAUAGUCAACGAAAAUGGAUUAUGUCGCAAAUGCAUCAAGAGACAUAGUGGACCCUGCAGACGGCGCAAGGAAUGCGGCCAGAAUGGAUGUACUUUCCUACAUCACCCGCUACUUCAUAAUCCUGCAAAAUCGAAGCCACGUCCCCAACCAACGACAACGGUUGUGGGAAGCUGCAAUGUCAAUCAAGGAACUGCUAGUGGAGUCUUGUUUCAAAUAGUUCCAGUAAUUCUUCACAGCGCUACUAAAAAGCUUCAUACUUACGCUUUCAUCGACGACGGCUCCGAGCUAACCCUGAUGGAAGAUCAAGUUGCCAAAGAACUUCAACUGGAUGGUCCUAACCAAAGCCUUUGUCUUCGAUGGACAAGCGGGACUCAACGCAGGGAAGACGAAUCGCGAAAAUUAAAUUUGGAAAUAUCAGGAACCGGCGAAAACAUGAAAAAAUAUCCUAUCAAAAACGUGAGAACCGUGAAGUCCUUGAACAUUAGACCUCAAACGUUGAAUAUGGUGGAUAUGAGGAAACAUUUCAAACAUUUGCACAACGUUCCGAUUCAAUCCUAUGAAGCUGCUUGUCCCAAGAUUAUAAUAGGUGUAGAUCACGCCAAUCUGGGGCAUCCUGUGAAGAGUCUGGAAGGAAAAUCCGGAGAACCGAUAGCGGUCAAAUCACGUCUUGGAUGGACGGUCUACGGACGUCAUGGUUCGGCUGGUUCGAACUCGACUCGGUACCAACAUAUAAUCAACUACCAUUCAGUGCUACAGUGUUCAUGCGAAAAAUCCAGUGACGAGGACCUCCACACAGCCAUGAAGAAUUUCUUUGCCAUAGAAAACCUCGGAUUGACGAAGGGAUACGUUGCACUCAAUUCGAAAGAUGAUCAAAGAGCGAUCUCGCUACUCGAAUCAUCCACGCAUCUUAAAGAAGGUCAUUACGAAACCACUCUCCUAUGGAAGUACGAUCAUGUCCGCCUACCCGACAGUAAAAGUAUGGCACUUAGCCGUUGGCAGUGUUUAGAAAGGCGACUGCAAAAGGACCCAGAGCUGACUAAGAUACUUGACAAUAAAAUUAAUGAUUACGUCAAUAAGGGUUAUGCUCGAAAACUUACGGCCGACGAGUUAGGUGAAAAACAUCCGAGGGUAUGGUAUCUUCCUGUAUUUCCUAUUACCAACCCCAACAAGCCUGGCAAAACAAGAUUGGUCUGGGACGCUGCUGCAAAAGCACAUGGCAUUUCACUGAACUCGGUGCUACUGAAGGGCCCUGACCAAUUAACUUCGCUUUUCUCAGUCCUGCUAAAAUUUCGCGAGUUCAAAUUCGCUGUUUGCGGUGAUAUACGCGAAAUGUACCACCAGGUACUAAUACGUAGAGAAGACCAGCACUGCCAGCGUUUCUUUUGGGGCAGAGAUCCAGGAACAAAAAUGCCUUCGACUUACAUAAUGCAAGUGAUGACGUUUGGCGCAUGUUCAUCACCAUGUACAGCUCAGUUUAUCAAAAAUCGAAACGCUGAGCUAUACAAACAUCAGUAUCCAGCUGCAGCUAAAGCCAUAGUCGAAAAUCAUUAUGUUGAUGACAUGUUGCUUAGCGUUGAAACUGAAAAAGAAGCGAUAACGUUAGCUAGCGAGGUAAAAACGAUUCACAGCCACGCUGGUUUCGAAAUAAGAAAUUUUCAUUCCAACUCCUCCAUAGUAUCAGAUACCUUAGAAGGUCGGUUAAAGUCAGAUGUACCAAGCGAUAUUGACAUGAACAUCGGUAAAGAAGAAACUACAGAAAAAGUUCUUGGAAUGUGGUGGGAUACGUCGAAGGAUUGUUUCGUAUUCAAAGUAUCUCCAAGAAUUGAUCCGGCUCUUAUUUCUGGCAAUAAAAUACCCACAAAACGCGAGGUUCUACGCACGCUGAUGCAGAUAUUCGACCCAUUGGGGUUAGUUGGUCAUUUCUUAAUGUUUCUAAAAUGCCUGCUUCAGGAAAUAUGGAGAACGUCAGUAGGAUGGGACGACCCUAUAGAACACAAAGAGUUCCAGAAAUGGAAACGCUGGCUCGAAGUGCUUCCGACAAUGACUCAAGUCGAAAUCCCUCGCUGCUAUCGCUCCUUGGUACCAAUAAAUCUCAGCACCGACGUUCAAUUACAUACCUUCGUUGAUGCCAGCGAGAACGGUAUGGCAGCUGUAACAUACCUACGAUUCGAGAAUAACGGAAUAGUGGAAUGUGGUUUGGUUAGCUCGAAAACGAGAGUGUCUCCGCUUAAAUUUUUAUCAAUACCACGAUCCGAACUUCAAGCUAGUAUUAUAGGAGCCAGACUCUCAAAAUCAAUAAUGGAAUCAACCACAGUCACGAUAAACAAACGGUACUUUUGGACGGACUCCAAAACGGUGCUAUGUUGGCUAUCAUCCGAUCACCGAAAGUACAGCCAGUUCGUGUCUCAUCGAGUCAGUGACAUCCUAGAAUCAACUGACUUAUCGGAAUGGCAUUGGAUCCCAUCUAAGCUAAACGUAGCGGAUGACGGGACGAAAUGGAAAAAUUUUCCCGACUUCAACAGCACUAGUAGGUGGAUUCAGGGACCCAAUAUGUUAUCUCUGCCAAUGUCCUAUUGGCCUCGAUCAGAAGAAUCCUUAGGCACGACAGAUGUUGAGCUACGGCAUCAAGUUCUCUCUCACCAAGAAUAUCCGUCGAACUUAAUUAAUGUGGAGGACUUUUCUGUAUGGACAGUUCUUCUUCGUAAAACAGCCUUCGCUCUACGAUAUCUAUACAACCUGCAACGCACUGCUCGAAAACAACCUAUCUUAACAGGCCCGCUUGCAUGUGAGGACUUGCAAAAGGGAGAACAAUUUUUAUUUCGCAUCGCUCAGAAAACCGAUUACGCUCACGAAAUCGAAUUACUCGGCUCUCAGACUUCCCACGAAUGGAAAACUUGCAUUCCACGAAAAAGUCCCUUGUUCAAAUUAUGUGCCUUUCUCGACAGCAACCAAGUUUUGAGAAUGCAAGGUCGUAUAUCAUCGUGCGAAUUCGCCUUGCCGGACACGAGAAAUCCCAUUAUACUCCCCCGCAAUCAUCACGUAACUAGACUAAUUGUUUCAAGUAUUCACUCUCGGUAUCAUCACCAGAAUCAUGAAACAGUUAUCAACGAGAUUCGUCAGCGCUAUCACAUCCCGAGUAUACGAUCAUUGUACAAACAAGUUCGUAAAAGCUGUCAGGUAUGUAAAAACCAAAAUGCAAAACCUCUGCCUCCUAUAAUGAGCGAGCUCCCAGUCGGACGAAUGUCUGCCUUCGCGCGCCCAUUUUCUCAUAUGGGUAUUGACUACUUCGGGCCUAUGUUGGUCGUUAACGGCCGUAAACAGGAGAAAAGAUGGGGGGUAUUAGCGACCUGUCUAACUACUAGAGCGAUACAUUUACAGAUAGCGCACUCCUUAACAACCAACUCGUGUAUGAUGGCUAUACGCAACAUAAUGUCUAGAAGAGGAGUUCCUAUCUGCAUAUAUAGCGACAGAGGCACUAAUUUUAUUGGAGCCGAUAAGGAGCUCAAAUCAGCACUCAAAGAUAUCAACCAGGACAAACUCAUUGCUGAGUUUACCUCUCCUAACACCAAAUGGAGCUUUAACCCCCCAGCUUCCCCUCAUAUGGGAGGGGCUUGGGAGAGACUUAUUCGUUCUGUUAAACAGAAUUUGGCCAAACUAAAUCCAAAUCAUCGUCCAAAUGACGAAACGCUCGAGAAUAUGUUAAUCGAAAUUGAAAACAUUGUGAACUCGAGGCCCUUAACACAUGUUCCCAUUGACGACGAUAGCUCUGAAGUAUUAACGCCAAAUCAUUUUUUGGUGGGUUCCUCGAAUGGGUUAAAACCUUGGGUACCCUUUGACGACAGCGCAAUAGCAGUUCGGAAAUCAUGGCAACUAUCACGGACAAUGGCUAAUGUUUUCUGGAGACGGUGGGUCCACGAUUAUCUUCCAACUUUAACGCGAAGACAUAAAUGGUUUGAAAAUACCAAACCUAUCGAAGUAGGGGACAUUGCAGUCAUCGUUGACCCGAAUCUACCCCGAAAUUGUUGGCCAAAGGGACGUAUCAUCGCUACAAACAUCUCUCCGGACGGAUGCCGCCGAUGGGCGAGCAUACAAACAGCAACUGGAAUAUAUGAUAGGCCUGUAGCGAAACUUGCGAUCUUGGACAUCGGCGUUAUAGGUGACGGUACACGAGUGUACACUCCGGGGGGGACUGUUGCGACCGCCGAUCCAAACAUCGAACCCAUCGCUCCCCUAUCAUCGAACCAUCAUCGACCAAAAACGUCAAACAUGCUUUCACAGCAGGAACACUAACAACAUGUCAAAAGAUUAGGAAAAGAGAAUAGGUGAAAAUUUGAUUUGUCAUUCAAGCUACGGUUAAAACGAUUCCACGUUUAGUUUCGAAACUAGAUCACGUUAAAAUUCAGAGAUUUGGCGAUUAUAAAGUUUAAUCUAGUAAAUCUCUGGAUCUGCGUAAAUUACGACCUUUAUCGAUAGUGCCUUUCGCAAUUAAAAGCUAAGCACAUUGAACUG